AACCAGUCCACGUCGAUGUAAACAACUCUAAGAAGAUAGCAUGGCGGCAGAAGCUGGUGCUCCCAAGCCAACCAGGCCUAAAAAAGAGCCGCAGCCGCUGAUUAUACCCAAGAAUGCCACGGACGAACAGAGGCUGAGGCUGGAGCAGCUGAUGAGGAAUCCGAAUAAACCUGCUCCAAUACCCGAGAGGCCAAAAGAAUGGAUGCCACGGAGCACCCCGGAGUUUGUCCGAGAUGUUAUGGGAUCCAGUGCUGGGGCUGGCAGUGGCGAGUUUCAUGUAUAUCGACAUCUUCGUUGCAGGGAGUAUCAAAGACAAGAAUAUAUGGAUGCAAUGUCGGAGCCUCAAAAGUUAGAUGAAGACUUUGAAAGGAAACUAAAGGAAAAACAAAUCCAGGCAGAGGAGAGAACAGCAAAGCGCAGACUGAAACGGCAAAAAUUAAAAGAGAAGAAAAAGGCUAAAAAAGCAAAUAAAGAAGAAAACGUAGAUGCAAGCACAGAUGGGAAACAGUCACAGAAGGCUGAGGAGUCCCGCUCAGAAGAAGAGGGAGACUCCGAUGAAUAGUCCAUUACGCUCAUCAGUGGAA